AUGGUGGUGAUCGGAAAAUCGGUUUAUUCCUACUUCCGAAUAGCUGCCGGCGAAGCCACCGUUUCGAGUUCUUUGUCGGAAGAGAUUCGUUCAAAACCUUUUAACAAUGUUGUGAAAAGGAUAAAGCGAUUCAACUCAAGCCCCCCACCUCCUCAGAGGAGUCUUCCUCCUCACUUCAGGUUCGUAGAGCCUCCUGCUUACAAGGCUCCACCACCGCCAGAAGAGGUGACGGUAACAGAUCCACCGCCACCUCUGGUAACUAUAACAGCUCCACCGCCACCGGUGGUAGCUAUAACAGCUCCACCGCCACCGGUGGUAGCUAUACCAGCUCCACCGCCGUCACCAUCAUCAGUUGAGCCACUAAUUGCGCCACCACCACUGCCGCAACCACCUUUGUUAACUUAG